CUGCCGGGCCCGGCACCACCUCCGGCCCCGGCCCGGCGGCUCCGGCACCCUCGAGAAAAAAAACAGGAGGCUGAUGCAGAAGAAGCACCAACUGUCGAUGCUGUUGAGAUGUCCUGUAUUCCAUUGUUAAUGGAACCAGCAUGUUCCAGCUCUGAGGUUCAGGAAGCUGCAAAAAUGAGGAAUAAUGAUGCUGCCUCCAGACUUGUGGUUCCUCUUUCUGAUGACAAUGAAAGCAAACAGUCAAAAUCUAUUCAAAGAAAGAGAGUGCUUCCAUCUUGGAUGCUGGAAAGAGAUCUCCUGGUGCAGAAGGUUUCCAAGCCUGUAAUGACAGGAGGUAGUAGAAAGAAAAAAGGCCAAGGAAGGGGAGAACGUCAUGCAGAGUCAUUAAAAGCAGAAGUACAUGUACAACAGAAAAAAAGAUUAGCUUCUGAAGAAACUAUUGAGGAUUUUGAAGGUGGAGAACAAGAUCAAGGGAAAAGGAGCUGCCUUUCCAUCCCUGUUCCUUCAUCUCAGAAUACAUCUGGAUUUCCUCUUGAGACUACCAUGAGAGAUAUGGAAGGAAGUGGCAAGACUGGAACAAAAAGCCCUGGAAGUUCUCUGGAAAAAAAUGAUAGGCAGCUGCAUAGCAAAUGGUCUAAAAGAGCAGGUCAUAUCUCCAGUAAAGACAAUAGAAUUGAGGAAACAGAAAACAAAGAGCAGAUUACUGGUUCUACAAGCCAACAAGCUCACUGGGGCAGGACUUCCCAAUACUUUGGUGCCCAGGAAGGGAUUCCUGAGCCUGAUGCAAAUCUGGACUACAACACUGAGAUUUCUGAUUCAGACAGAAGUGCAGAUGCUUCAGAAAGCUCCAAACAGAUGCAGCGUAAGAGGACACCUUGCAUGUAUGGAAGUGGCUGUUACAGGAAGAAUCCCAUUCACUUCCAGCAGUUCAGUCAUCCUAAUGAUGAUGACUAUCAUGACAUGGAGAUGGUGGCUCAGGAUGACAAUGACAACCGGCCUGAGUGUCCCUAUGGAACAGCUUGUUAUCGGAAGAACCCCCAGCAUAAGCUGGAAUACAAGCACAGUGCACCUCCAGUAACUGGAAGAGGAACACAACGACGAUCUUCAAGGAAUGGAAAAAGGGCUGUGGAGAAAAACAGUGUCAAUGAUGGUGAAGCCAAUGAAUAUGACCUCAAUGACAGCUUUAUAGAUGAUGAGGAGGAGGAAGAGUGCGAUCCUACUGAUGAGGACUCGGACUGGGAACCAAGUUCAGAAGAGAAGGAUAAUGAAGAUGUUGAGACACUUGUGCAAGAAGCACAUAGAUUUGUUAGGAUCAAAAAAUAGCUGCUCAGAACAGCCUUAUGAAUGUCCAGUGUGGUUGUGUUUAAAAAUGGUUGCACAAAGGAGAGGAAUUGUCUGAAAUUUUUUUUUCUCUGUGAUGUAGGGACUACAGGAAGAUAAUAAUGGGGGUGAGAAGAUUCUGCAAUGCCUUUCUUGUCCAUAUGCAUUAUUUUGGGGCUGGUCUGGUGUUUGUUUUAUUAAGGCAUGGACCCAGAGGAUAAACUCUGAAAAUUUUUGGUUGUUUUUUCUUUUUCUUUUUCUUUUUCUUUUUUUUUUUUUUGCAACACCAUUGGUAUUUUGAAAUACAUUUUUAAAGGUUGUUAAAACUUCAUCUUCCUGUGCUUGAAAGAAAUAUUGCUGCUAGGAAAGCCUAAGCUAUUUUUAUUGUUGAGUUAGUGCAGUUUAAAAUUCCAUUAUUCUGUUCCCAUCUUCCCCAGAUGUUGUUUUGUUGGUUCUCUUCACGUACAGUAGUUCAAUACAGGUUGUCUAAAUCACUUGAGAAAGUAUCUCAGUGUAUUGAAACACUUGAUUGGCUCAACAAUUAUAGUGUUAUUUGCUCUAAUUACAACAGUACCUCUUUCUGUGUACUUCACUGGAACUGUG